UGUCACCCAAAACAAAAUGGUCAGGGUAUUCUCGUAUUACCCUUCAAUCAUAAAUGUGGUUUAAAAUGAAAAUCCCGAUAGGAAUGAAGUCUAUAUAAUAGGAAACCCUACUAAAAAUAUCCCGGAUUUACUUAUUUAUUCCUUCGUUUGAGCGCCUUACAUAUAUUUCCUCUCACCUAUUUUGAGAUAUAAGCAGUGUGUAUACGUCUGUCGGCCAUGUCGACUGAGGGUCAGGUCAUUACCUGCAAAGCUGCUGUUGCUUGGGAGGCCAAUAAGCCUCUGGUAAUUGAAGAUGUUCAAGUUGCUCCACCUCAGGCUGGUGAGGUUCGCAUAAAGAUUGAGUUUGUGGCACUCUGCCACACAGAUGCAUACACUUGGAGUGGGAAAGAUCCAGAGGGUCUUUUCCCCUGUAUUCUUGGACAUGAGGCUGCUGGGGUUGUUGAAAGUGUAGGUGAGGGUGUUACUGAAGUUAAACCUGGGGAUCAUGUAAUUCCUUGUUACCAGGCAGAAUGUAGAGAAUGCAAGUUUUGUAAGUCAGGGAAGACAAAUCUUUGUGGUAAAGUUCGAUCUGCCACUGGUGUUGGUGUUAUGCUGAAUGACAUGAAAAGCCGUUUCUCAAUUAAUGGGAAACCGAUCUAUCACUUCAUGGGAACAUCUACAUUCAGCCAAUACACUGUUGUACAUGACGUGAGUGUUGCAAAAGUGGACCCACAAGCUCCUCUGGAUAAGAUUUGCUUGCUUGGUUGUGGUGUUCCAACAGGUCUUGGAGCAGUUUGGAAUACUGCUAAAGUGGAAGCUGGAUCAAUAGUUGCAAUAUUUGGGCUUGGUACAGUUGGUCUUGCGGUUGCAGAGGGUGCCAAAGCAGCAGGUGCUUCACGUAUCAUUGGCAUUGACAUUGAUAGCAAGAAAUUUGAAAUUGCCAAAGGUUUUGGAGUCACAGAGUUUGUGAAUCCUAAAGAUCAUGAGAAACCCAUUCAGCAGGUGAUUGUUGAUAUAACCGAUGGAGGUGUUGACUACAGCUUUGAGUGUAUUGGAAAUGUUAAUAUAAUGCGAGCUGCUCUUGAGUGCUGUCAUAAGGGCUGGGGGACAUCUGUUAUUGUUGGUGUUGCAGCCUCUGGACAGGAGAUUUCUACUCGACCAUUUCAACUGGUUACAGGGCGUGUAUGGAAAGGCACUGCUUUUGGUGGCUUCAAAAGUCGUUCUCAAGUACCAUGGCUUGUUGACAAGUACAUGAAAAAGGAGAUUAAAGUGGAUGAGUACAUUACACAUAAUUUGACUCUUGACCAUAUCAAUGAAGCAUUUCAUCUGAUGCAUGGUGGGGAUUGCUUGCGAGUUGUACUGAAGAUGCACACCUCUUCAGGCAAUCUCUAAGUGCAAUGAAUUCUAUGUUGAACCAUAGAUGUUACAUUUAUGUUAUACAAGUUGAAACAGUAAAUAUGAUUUACAAUGGUAUUUUUGUUGUUUUGGAACAAACUUAAGAGACUGAUAAGAUUUGGUAAAUGCUAAAUCAAUGGAAAGAGUGAUAGAUGAUGCUCUGAUGCUCUUAUAUAUGUGUGUGUGUGUCAGUAAUGAAUGGAGGACAACUAGAAGCUCAUAAUUUUGAUAAGGAUAAGGUAUUCCCAUGGUUAAAUUACCAAGCAUGAAAUUUUUUUA